CCCGUAUCGGAGCCGCGGUCUCCGACCGAUAACAAAAGCAGCGACUUUUGCAGGGAGCGAGGCUCUCGGCUCAAGCAAGAUCUGCGAGGAAGAGGAGGGAAACAGGUCGCGCCAAUGGCGUCUUCUUCCUCCUCUCCAGCUUCGGUGAUUACCCCAGAAGACGUCUUGGAGUCGCUCAUGAACGACGGCACCAUCGACGCUCUCCGGUUGAAGAUCAUCAAUCAGCUCAAAGCCAACGAAGAGCUGAAGAGCACCACAAUUAAAAUGGCAGAGCAGAGCAAAGUUCUUAAUACCCCGGGAGCCGAAAAACAGACCAAGAGAGAGCUAUUCGAUGCUCUGCGCCAGGAGCUAGAGGCUCCAGUGCUUGAGAAGGCCUCCAAAUCAGUUUGGGAGUUAAUUCUCGACAGUAAUGGGCUGGGGAAAGAAAUAAGUGAGACAGUAGAAAGAGUUUUCUGUCGAUUAAGUGGAAGAGAAGCGCCACUAUUUGGCGAAGCACAACCAGAUAGAGCAAAAGAUGAGUCCAGAGGCAAAGAGAAGCAUGCUAAUGUCGACAAUGGAACAGAUGAAUUCCACUCUGCUUCAAAGAAGAGAAGUUUUGGUGAUUUGAACUGAGAGUAGAUGCAUUUGUAAAGGAAUCAGGCAAUUCUUGCAGUCCUACAUUAUUAAGCGCUUUGAGGACACGAUCCACUCAGCUGAAAUUAUAUGAAAUGUGUGAGAGAGUCCUCUAUGAGACCUUUAAGCAAAACUUUUUAUCAGUCCUUUCAGGAUGUGAAGCGGCAUGGCAACUGUCAAGCACCAUCUUUGCGAAGAUGUCAUUGUCAGUUUUAUGACAGGACUUGCAGUUUUGAAUAUAACUAUAGUUUCUAUGCUCUAGUUGGUAUAUCAUGUUGAGGGCUAUGAUAUAGUGAUGAAGAGUGUGUAUUUCAUUUUUACUUUGUAUCUCUAGUCUUAGUACCAGUAGUAGUUAUGCUAGAUACUUGCUAAUGAGGCUAUUAACUUGUAGUUUUGAACAUAUUUUUGUAUGCAUUGGCUUCUGUAAAGGUUUAGGUGAUCCAUGUUCCUUUUAUAGUGAA